AUGACUAACUGUAUUUUUGAAAAUUUAUAUAUAUUGGUCGUGCAAAAUCUAUUUACGUGCACGACGAGUUCUAACGGCCUCGGCGAGCUCAGUGAGCAUUUGGACGGUGGUUUCCCAGGAAACGCAUCCGUCGGUCACAGAAACACCGUACUUGAGCUGUUCUUUGUUUGCUGGGAUGCUCUGUUUACCCUCGUUGAUGUGAGACUCGAUCAUGACACCGAUGAUCUUGUCCUCUCCGUUAGCAACCUGUCUGGCCACCUCCUUCGAGACCUUUGGCUGGUUUCUGUAGUCCUUGUUGGAGUUUCCGUGCGAGCAAUCGACCAUCAUAACGCCUCCGGCAGGAAGCUUGGACUUGGCCUCAGCAACAGAGGCCUCGUCGUAAUUCGUUCCUUUCUUACCUCCUCUCAAGAUGAUGAAACAGUUGUCGUUACCCUUGGUGGUGGUGAUGGCAGCGAGUCCGUGCUUGGUAACACCCAUGAAGUGGUGGGGCGACGAAGCGGCCUGGAUAGCAUCGAUAGCCACGUCCAAAGAACCGUCAGUUCCAUUCUUGAAACCAAUAGGGAAGGACAGACCAGAAGCAAGCUCUCUGUGGAGCUGAGACUCGGUGGUCCGAGCACCAAUAGCACCAAAUGA